AUGUUUGAGAUUGACGAACAUACUAUUCCGUUCGUACGAACACGCCAGGCUCUACUUCUCCUAGAUCUGCAAAAUGAUUUAAUAGGAGAAGGAAGCAUAUUGCCGGUCGAAACCUCCCCGAGUUACGUCGACAAUAUAAGGAAUCUACUCGAGCCCUUUCGUCCUUCUGGUGACAUAAUAUGGAUAUGCAGCGUGUGUCCAGAGGGUGUUUCGAGGAUAGUCAAUCAACCGCGGAGCGAUAGCGAGGCCAUAAUAACGAACAACGAGCUCCCACAAUGUCGACAAGACAAAUUAACCCCGGAAAUUGAGUCCAGUCACAACGAGGAAGAGAGCAAGCUUUCGGCAGCGAGCAAUGAAGAUGACACAAAUGAAGCCUUUUUGACGGUCCAGCCCGGAGAGAAGGUGCGCAUGCUCAAACCCAAUUCGAGGGGUUCAGACGUUUUAGAUGCAUUUGAACCCAUCUCGGCGAAAGACCUGAUAUUCAACAAAACAUACUAUUCUGCAUUUAAAGAUGGUAGUUUGGUCCAAAAACUGCGGGGCAAGUUUGUGACAGAAAUAUACAUUGCUGGAGCUCUUACGAAUGUCAGUGUGUUCGCCACGGCAAUGGAUGCUGCUCGCCAUGGUUACGCUAUAACCAUAAUUGAGGAUUGCCUGGGGUACAGGAGCAAAGCUAGACAUGACGAAGCUUUGCGUCAACUCAAAGCCUACACUGGGUGUGACGUCAUAAGUAGCGGAGAACUCAUUGAGUGCUUGCAGAAGCAAAAGAAGGUCGCUGAAAGGAGAACGACUUCCAGUAAGAAAUCUCGUCCUAAACCUAGAGAACCACAACCAAAAGAAUCUCAAAAUACUGGGAUUGAAAAUCUAAUGGGGAACUUAAAGCUAGAAGCAGAAGGCCCGCUAGCCAUUACCGUCACAGCCCCAUCGUCGGCGACGGUCAUCGAAGACGAUUUCGAAAUCACUAGCCAACUCUUGCGUGCACAAAUUCGACGAGCGAAACCACCGGCGGAACUUGAAGCAGAAGCCAAGAAGAAAGAAAAGGUGAAGUCGAAAGUAAAAGCACGUCGACCUGCUACAAAGCCAGUGGAAGUAGGAGGUCCCUCCAGUUCAUCCAAAGAAAAGAGUCUGACGUCUACCAAAAGCCCAUCGCUUAGCACAUCAGAGUCACCUAGCCCGACCGAAACGGCCAAACCGGUCUCACCCAGCCCAAAAUACGAAGGUACCGAGAAAGAUGAACUUCAGCAAAAACCUGCAUCAAAUAAGGAAUCCCUGAAAGAUACGCGGAAAAACGAAGAUAACGCAGUGGCUGACCCUCCUGGACUUUGUGAAGGUGAUACAACAGUAACCCACAAGCUCCUACCUGAGGAAUUGGCAAGCGGGAUCUUCGAGAAGAUCCGUGAGGAAGUCCUUUGGCAGAGAAUGGGUCACCAAGGUGGUGAAGUACCAAGACUUGUGGCAGUUCAAGGCCAAAUCGAAGAGAAUGGCAGUAUUCCAAUAUAUCGACACCCGGCAGAUGAAUCACCUGCUCUCCUUUUGUUUUCGCCCACGGUUGAAAUGGUCAAGAGAAUAGUCGAGAAGAGGCUUGGCCAUCCUCUAAAUCACGUUUUGAUUCAAUUCUAUCGAGACGGAAAUGACAAUAUUUCUGAGCACAGUGAUAAAACGUUGGAUAUCGUUCCUAACACUUUCAUUGCCAACGUAAGCCUAGGAGCCCAACGAACGAUGGUAUUUCGAAGAAAGAAGCCUGCGAAGAGUGUGGAGUGUGAAGGCUCUCAACCCAUCCCUCGAGAAUCCUGUAGAGCAGCUCUCCCACACAACUCGUUGUGCAAGAUGGGGUUGGAAACCAAUAAAAAGUGGUUACAUGGCAUUCGACCAGAUAAGAGAAUGGCAAGUGAGAAGUCCGAAGCUGAAUUGGCUUACGAUUGUGGGCGUAUAUCUCUGACAUUCAGACACAUUGGUACAUAUCUCGACAAGAGUCAACAGAAGAUCUGGGGUCAAGGCGCAAUUGCAAAAAAGAAACAAGACGCCAAACCAGUAAUCAAUGGAGAUACACUACAAUCUCAGAAAAUGCUACAAGCUUUUGGGAUAGAGAAUCAUGACAUCAAUUUUGACUGGCAGGAGAUUUACGGCAACGGAUUUGACGUACUACACAUCUCCAACUCCAAAAAGCUUAUCUCGUCGGGGGAUUCCAUUUUUGACUACCGUGUAAAGUUCAUACUUAACGAAUACAAGAUCCCUUGGAUAGAAGGUACAAUCUUGCCAUCCUUCCACUGGAAAGGAGAAAGUCCUGGAACCGAUGAUCCGCUAGUACCGGAAACACUACCUAUCAAAUUUAUUGACAACGAUCCAAGCAAGACCACAGUAGAGGGAUGCAUGCCAAUCAUGUUUUAUCUCGAAGCCAUCUAUGGUCCCCAAAAGGACUGCAAGUCUCCAAGUCGUCUCGCCCGGCAAUACACCCGCUUCGAGCAUGCCAACACCUUGCUCAAGAUCUGGCAAACGGUACCCUUUAGUGUGAAGCCUUUCCGCGCCGAACUAGCUAGAUGGAGCGUUUACGCCGAAGAAGCAGAAUAUAUAGCGGGCAAUGAAAUCGGUCUUGCGGAUUUUGCAAUCGUGCCGGUGUUUGAGUUGGUGAGUAAGGAAUGGGGUGAUGGUAUCGGAUUUGAGCCUUUGACUGAAUAUUGGAAGAGAAUGAUUCAAAGGGAGAGUUUCCUGAAACUCCUCCCAAGAGAGAAUGUAGAGGCGCUGCAAAAGGGGGCGGAGUUGAUGACCAUGCAGCAGAAGAUUAAUGCUUUGAAGAAGGAGAAGCAGAAAAUUGAGGAUGGUGAGAACCACUCUUCUGUAGGGGCAUAG